AUGGCGGACGGUGGCGGGUUGGCUGAAGCCGCUACUGCUGCGGCUUCUCCUCCGGCACCUGCUCCCGGCCUGAGCCCGCCGCUGGGCUGGAGCGAGCGGCUACGGGCCAGGCUGGCGGGGACUGGGGUCUCGCUGUGGUUCGUGGUGGGGCUGGGGCUGGGGCUGCUUUACGCUCUGAGGGUCCCGCUGCGGCUGUGUGAGAAUUUGGCAGCGGUGACAGUAUUUUUAAAUUCAUUGACGCCCAAAUUCUAUGUGGCACUUACAGGAACAUCUUCUUUGAUAUCAGGACUAAUAUUUAUAUUUGAAUGGUGGUACUUCCAUAAACAUGGCACAUCUUUUAUUGAGCAAGUGUCUGUAAACCAUUUGCGACCAUUGAUGGGAGGAACAGAAAACAGCAUUUCAGAGCCAGGUUCUCCUUCCAGCAACAGAGAAAGUGAAACCAGCAGACAGAAUUUGUCAGAAUGCAAAGUAUGGAGAAACCCUCUAAACCUUUUCAGAGGAGCAGAAUAUAGGAGAUACACUUGGGUGACUGGUAAAGAGCCACUUACAUACUAUGACAUGAAUUUGUCAGCUCAGGACCAUCAGACCUUUUUCACCUGUGACACAGACUUUUUACGUCCUUCAGACACAGUUAUGCAGAAGGCAUGGAGGGAAAGAAAUCCUCCAGCUCGAAUCAAAGCAGCCUAUCAAGCUUUAGAAUUAAACAAUGACUGUGCCACUGCGUAUGUUCUACUGGCUGAAGAAGAAGCAGCAACUAUUGUAGAUGCUGAAAGGCUAUUUAGACAGGCACUCAAGGCAGGAGAGAUUAUUUACAGGCGGUCACAGCAGAGCCAGCACCAAAGUCCUCAGCAUGAAGCCCAACUGAGGAGAGAUACCAAUGUACUGGUGUAUAUUAAAAGAAGAUUGGCAAUGUGUGCAAGAAAAUUAGGAAGAAUAAGAGAAGCAGUAAAAAUAAUGAGAGAUUUGAUGAAAGAAUUUCCUCCUCUUACCAUGUUGAACAUCCAUGAAAAUCUCCUAGAAUCACUUUUAGAAUUACAGGCCUAUGCAGAUGUUCAGGCAGUCUUAGCAAAAUAUGAUGAUAUAAGCCUUCCCAAGUCAGCAACAAUCUGUUAUACAGCAGCACUGUUGAAGACAAGGACUGUUUCAGAUAAAUUUUCUCCAGAAACAGCCUCAAGAAGAGGUUUAAGCACAGCAGAAAUGAAUGCUGUGGAAGCAAUUCAUAGAGCUGUGGAAUUUAAUCCUCAUGUUCCAAAAUAUUUACUAGAGAUGAAAAGCCUAAUUUUACCUCCAGAACACAUUCUGAAACGGGGUGAUAGUGAAGCAAUUGCCUAUGCCUUCUUUCACCUUCAGCACUGGAAGCGAAUAGAAGGUGCUCUUAAUCUGUUACAGUGUACGUGGGAAGGCACUUUUAGAAUGAUUCCAUACCCGUUAGAGAAAGGCCAUCUAUUUUACCCUUAUCCCAGCUGCACAGAGACUGCUGAUAGAGAGCUGUUACCUACCUUUCAUCAUGUUUCUGUUUAUCCAAAGAAGGAGCUUCCUUUUUUCAUCCAUUUCACAGCAGGACUGUGUUCUUCUACAGCAAUGAUAGCUCUUCUCACACACCAGUUUCCUGAAAUCAUGGGUGUUUUUGCUAAAGCUGUAAGUAUGAUCUCAAGGACUUGUGUAGAGUAUCUGUAAAACACACAAGAAACUCUCUCUGAGGUGUUUGUGCUAAACCAGCUGAGCAGUGGGUGAUACUUGUUAUAAUAAAUUACAGGAAUUGAUUUGUAAAGUCGCUGGCAUCAAUAUAUCAAACAUAAGUUUUUGGUGAUUUGAGCUAUAUUUUUGUCGCUUAAAAUUUGAAUACAAUGGUCUUUGUAGACAAUUUUUGGUGGUAUAGAUAGCACUUGUUACUAGCUAAAGAAUAAUCCAGUUCUUGUAAAUGCAUUUUCUUUGGCAUUUAAAAAUAUCCCUAUUUUGUAAACAAGCCCUUUGAUUUUUUUAAAAUUUAAAUGAAAUCAUUAGUUCUAAGUAUUUACUGAACUUUAAGAGUGUGACUAAGAUGGAGAAUAAGUAGGUCAGGUGGGACAGCUAGGACAUUUGCCCUGGGUACCAAAUGUGCCUCCUCGCUCAAAUGUUUUCCCUGUUAUUGUAUUUGCAUGUUCUUAUUGACCUUCUGCAAUCUUGAAUGUAGAACCAUGUAUAUAGACCUUUAUUUUCAGUUUUACCAUUUACUUUUAAAUUACUUCCCCAUUUCCUGAUCCAGGUCUAGAAAGAACUUGAGGACUGAUAUUAGAAAGGGUAUCUCAUGAUUAUUUACUCUUUGAUGUAAACUUACAAAUUAACAUCACUGGCUUAAA